AUGGAAGCCGAGCACAGGAAGCGCGAGCGCAUGCUGGCACGCGCGGCUGCGCGUUCUGUGAGCUCUUCUCACAACAUGGAGAGCGAUGGGAACACUCGGGUAUGCCCGCCUGCAACAGGUACUUUGGAUGUUCCAUCUGCUGCAGAUCUCAUGCUGCUGGAAGACCAAGCCAAUGCUGCAAAGUUCCGAGAGAUCCGAGCCCUGGUGGCUCAAGACAUUGCUAACAUGUGCCAGUACAACGCAUCGGUGGAGGAGCACAACAGGAGGCUCUGCGAGGGUCACAUGGAGAAGUUUUGCCGUAUCUCCUUGGCAAUCGACAAGUCCUUUGCUGAUGUGAAGCUGGACACCUCUUUCCGGCAGGUGGAUGUGAAUCAGAUCCACACAGUGCUCUAUGUGGACUGUACGAAGUUGGGGGUGCUUCAGCAGCAAGAAAUAAACACCAUCGGCGACCUUGCGGAGAAGCACUUGUCCCGGAAUCCUGCUCGCUCGGUGCUUGUGUUGAUUCCUCCGCUUUUGGUGGGGAGCGAUGCAGCUGGAUCCCUCAGAGCAGUCAACAGGAGGCUCGAAGACAAACUCCUCGCAAACAAAGUGGAUUUGAGGGCCUUCACCCUCAACAUCAGUUUGGAUGAGGUCCACAAAAACAGAGAUUUGCCAUCAGCUUUCGUUUGCUGGCUUGGUGUCCUGGACAUCACACUACCGUCGCGUGGAACUGCACACCGAGCUGUACGGGGUGGAAGUGCAGAGAUUGAUUCCGCUGCAGACAUGUUCCCGCCAGCACUGAAUGAGAAGGAUUUCGUCAUUCCUUCCAACGACCUCGUAUUGUCUCACGAUUGCCGCCGGAACCUGACAGAUCUGCAAGAGACAGCCCAGUGGCUGGGGGGUGUCAACAUCCCUGUGGCCAUAUUGAAGCAGCUAUUUGGACAUAUCAAAGGCAAUCAUUGUGUGAUGAUUCUGAACCCUACCACGUAUGAUGGGACAGUGGAGCUUGCAGCGAUGCAGCUGGGUUACGAGUGUGUUGGAUUCACCAGCAACGAGGCAUACCACAAGACUUCCAAGCAAAUUGUGAAGAAUCACCUCAUGCAGGCGUGGAGAAGCGGCCAGCCACCUAUGGAUCGCACUACACCCAAGUAUCGGAAGGAGAUUUGCCCUGAAGACCUACCAAGGGUCAAUGAAAAACCACAGUUCCGCAUCUGCCAGUUGAGCGCAGACGGGAAGUUCACACUUCCUGCAGACAUUAGGUCGCAGUGGAUGUCAGAUGCAGUGUGGGGCCCAGAAUGGCGAGACAUUGUGAAGCAGUUUGACAAGCAAUGGUCAGGGCAGGAGACCUCGCCUGCUACUCCAGGUGCAACACCAAGCCCGCCAAAGCCAUCUUCACAUCCUCAGAAGAAGGAGGACGAGGAUGCCAAGAUGGAGCCCAACUUUGACUGGGCUGUUACCUUCAAGAAUGAGCCUGAGACACUCGAGGCCUUGAAGAGCAAAGUGAGUGAUUGUGUAGAGAUCCCUGGAGGUCCGGCAUAUCAGUUUGUCAUGGCAGGAUCCAAGCUGUACAUUGCAGCUACUGAUGCACUACAUUUGACGGCCACCAGUGCGCCCAUCCUCACACAUGGAGCAGGGGCAUGGCUUGUUGGGGACAAGGCCAAGAAGAGCUUGGAGAGUGCACCAGACCGCGGCUUUGUUUGCGCAUUUGUCAGUGACUCGCACCAGGUCAUCCUUGAGGAGGGGAAUUCUGAUUCUGGGCUGCUCACUCUACGAAGUGCAAUUCAGAAGAUCGAGGCUGCUGGACACGUUGAUUUUACACUGGGAGGGCAUACUUGCCAAAGACCUUCCUCAGUUCAGCAAGGCAAAGCAGAUGAUCACUUUGAGAUUGGUCCAGACACUUCCAGCACCUUGCUGUGGCGACCGCACAAUGUGCCUUCCAAAAACGUGAAAGCAGCCAACCUAGCAUCGCAGUUCACGGCUCAAUCCUUGGAGCACAGCCCUUUGUACAUGGUUUGGCGUGUGCGCUUCUAUCCUAUGGAAAAGUGCUUGGCGGCAGCGAAGCCAUUGUGGUUUCUGCCAGCAGAUCUUCGCUUGACCAAAGGUGCUGUCCAAAGGCUCCUGUGA